AUGAAAAAUAAAACCAUAUUGACCGAGUUCAUCCUGCUGGGUCUAACAGAUGUUCCUGAACUCCAGGUGGUGGCUUUCACCUUUCUGUUCCUUGCCUAUUUACUCAGCAUCAUCGGAAAUCUGACUAUCCUCAUCCUCACCUUGCUGGACCCCCACCUUCAGACUCCCAUGUAUUUCUUUCUCCAGAACUUCUCCUUCUUAGAACUUUCCUUCACAAACGUCUUCAUUCCCAGGGUCCUGAUCAGCAUCACAACAGGGAACAAGAGUAUCAGCUUUGCUGGCUGCUUCACUCAGUAUUUCUUUGCCAUAUUCCUUGGAGCAACAGAGUUUUGUCUUCUGGUUGUCAUGUCCUAUGACCGCUAUAUGGCCAUACGUAAACCCCUGCAUUACACGAACAUCAUGAGCAGCAGAGUCUGCAUCCAGCUGGUUUUCUGCUCUUGGCUGGCUGGGUUAAUGGUUAUUAUACCACCAAUCACUCUGAUGAGUCAGCUGGACUUUUGUUCAUCCAACAGGCUGAAUCAUUAUUUCUGUGACUAUGGGCCCCUUCAGGAACUCUCCUGUUCAGACACAAGCCUCAUACAGAAGAUUGUCUUUCUUGUUGCAUCUGUGACCCUGGUGGUCACUGUGGUGCUAGUGAUUCUCUCCUACACAUUCAUCAUCAGGACUAGUCUGAAUCUCCCCUCUGCCCAGCAAAGAACAAAAGCCUUUUCCACUUGUUCUUCCCACAUGAUUGUCAUCUCUCUCUCUUAUGGAAGCUGCUUCUUCAUUUAUGUUAAGCCCUCAGCAAAAGAAGGGGACACAUUCAACAAGGGAGUAGCUCUACUCUUUACUUCAGUUGUGCCUUUGUUGAACCCCUUCAUUUACACUCUAAGGAACCAACAGGUAAAACAAGCCUUCAAGGAUACAGUCCAAAAGCUUGUGAAUCUUUACAGAAUUUCAGAAUUAAAGCCUUAA